GAGCAUUUCAGUCAAUAAAGUCCAUUGCCAAAACCACAUUGAAGUUUUCGCACAACUUGCAGUUGCAAAGUAGUGGCGCUAAUGAUCGUUAAGGUGCGAGUCACAAAUGGCAACGAUGAUGAGCAGUCGGUUGGCGUGUGCUUUCCUAUUACUGGUUCCGGUGUGGUGUGCACUCGGCCAAACCCUUCGGAACCUGAACGCUAGUGACUGGUGGGAACAGUCCGGGUUCUAUCAAAUCUACCCGCGAUCGUUCAAAGACAGUGAUGGCGAUGGCAUUGGAGAUUUGAAUGGAAUCACUCAGAAGUUACCGUACUUAAAAUCUCUGGGAAUUAAGGCUUUCUGGCUGUCACCGAUCUACAAAAGUCCGAUGGCCGAUUUUGGCUAUGAUAUUGCCAAUUUUCGGGAUAUACAGCCGGAGUACGGGACGAUGGCGAAUUUCGAAAAUUUGGUGAAGGAAGCGAAGAGUUUGGGACUGAAAGUCAUUCUGGAUUUUGUUCCCAAUCAUACCAGUGACGAGCACGAGUGGUUCGUGAAGAGUGAGAACCGCGAGGCAGGCUACGAAGAUUAUUAUGUGUGGCAUGAUGGCAAACCGGGUACCAAUUUGGAUCAGAACGAUCCACCGAAUAAUUGGGUCGAAAAUUUCUAUGGAAGUGCAUGGAAGUGGAGCGAUAAACGGCAGCAGUAUUAUCUCCAUCAAUUUCACCGUAAGCAACCGGAUCUAAACUACCGCAAUCCGAAGGUAGUUGAAGAAAUGAAAGAAGUACUGCGAUUCUGGCUAAGGAAAGGAGUAGAUGGUUUCCGAAUCGACGCCGUCAAUUGGUUGUUCGAAGAUACCAACUUCCAGGAUGAGCCUUUUUCCGGGAACGCUCAAGACCCGCUAGUAUACGAGUACCUAAACCAUAUAUAUACCCAAAAUUUACCGGAAACGGUUGAUAUGGUGUACCAAUGGCGUGCGGUUAUGGAUGAAUACAAGAUGCAGUAUGGUGGAGACACUCGGGUUCUGAUGACGGAGGCGUGGUCUGAUCUUUCGGUACUAAAAACCUACUUUGAAGACGAAAACGGUCGACAAGGUUCACAGAUGCCAUUCAACUUUCAGUUGAUUCUUCGAUUGGACGCUAAUAAUUACAAAGCUUCCGAUUUCAAAACGGUCAUUGAUUCAUGGCUCGACACCGUUCCCGUAGGACAGACUCCAAACUGGGUGCUUGGAAACCAUGACAGACGACGUGUUGCUUCGCGCAUGGGAGGAGUGCACAUGACCGACAUCAUGGAGAUGGUUCAGCUCUCUAUUCCCGGAGUUUCUGUGACCUAUCAGGGCGAAGAGAUCGGUAUGACAGACUACGAACUGAGCUGGGCUGAUACGGUCGAUCCUGCUGCCUGUUUGCGAUCUCCAGAAAAUUUCCUGCAGUACACCAGAGAUCCAGCUCGCACUCCAUUCCAGUGGGAUAAUACGACUAACGCAGGUUUCACAAACCACUCCAAACCAUGGCUACCGGUUUCACCAGCAUACGUAACGGUAAAUGUACAAGCUGAGGAGCAAGCCAGCUGGAGUCACUUGAAGGUAUUCAAAGCCUUGAUGGAGUUGCGCGAGAGGAGUGAUUUCCGCAAUUGCCACUACCAGACGGCAAUCCUUGGGACUAGCACUUUUGCGAUACUGCGAACAGGGCCGAGCGUGGAAGAAUCGGAGGUUUGGGUUACGGUGGUCAAUCUUGCAAACUCAACUUCCACUGUUAACGUCGCGCAGUUAUUUAAGCAGUAUAAAACGCGUUCGCAGGAUAAGCUUAAGGUGGUGGUUCGAAGCGUGUCAUCCAAACGAUCGGGAGGAGAUAUGGUUUCAGCUAACGGUGUUGUCCUACAACCGUACGAAGGGUUGGUUCUGAGAAAUGUUGCAGUGCAGAUUCUGGUCAAACUUUCCAUGUUGGUGGCAGCACCGAUACUCGUGCUCUAUGCUUGGUUUUAAACAAUGAAAUAGGACAUGGAAUUUUACUCACUCUGAGUAAUAAAUUUACAUGGGGAAAUACACUAAAAAACUAAAUGUAUAUGGGGAAAUACACCA